AUGAACACAACGCAAAUACCACCACGAAACAUUGUUCCACCUCCUCGUCCGUCCCACAACGGCUUACCAAACUCGUCGCCUGCAGAAAGAAGCCCACCAACCACUUCACAGUCCUCCUCCCCCAAAACGUCUGAAAAAUACAACACAGACAACCAAACCGUUGUUGGCCACUCACUCGUACCUCAACGUUCAGCUCCGCCGCCACCAAAUUCUGUGCAAAAAUCUGUACAAAUGAGUAGCAGCGCUUCUGGUUUGAGUCACAAUGGUAAUUUAAAGUCAAACUCGUCGUUAAAUUCACGUCGUGGGCCUCCCACCUCGAAAAAAUCUGCGAGUUUAGGGCCACCUCCAAAACCUAACCGAACAACAGCCGGUACGCCAACGAGUCAGUCGCCUCUAGCUCGAAGUCCGUCCGCUGGUAGUGCUCCGACAAAAUCUCCAGGGAUAUCAACCGAUUCUGCUAACGUUUCUCCUACUUCAACCAAGUAUUCGCAAAGUGGAAGCUAUAGUUCCAUUAAAGGCCCACCUAUCAAAGUACACGGCGAAGAUAUUCAACCUAUAACCAAUGAGAAAGACGGGAAUAACAGAUCACUCAAAGGAGUACUGAAUACUUUCGUUAGUUCGAUGUCUGAUUUGUUAUCAACUCAAAAAAGAGUAGAAAUUUCAUCGCCUUAUGAUCCAGUUCAUUUAACUCACGUUGGAUUCAAUCAAGAAACUGGUGAAUUCACGGCUGUGUUGGAAAUUGUAAAAUUUUAUCAAGAUAAUACAGCUGGAGGAAAAAAUUCGAUUUGGGAGAAAUUUAAUAACGUCCAACUCCCAAAUCAAUCUCCACCAUCUAGCCUACCAACUUCACCACAUAAUAUGGUGGAUAAACCAUUUGAGAAUCCUAGAUCUGCACCAGUCCCUCCUUCGGAAAAGAAAAAGCCAAGUCCACCCGUUGUUCCUACAAGAUCAACCAAUGCACAAAGUGCUACGGAUAAAAGUAACAAUCAGCAAAAACCACCAAGCAAAGCUCCUUCACCAAAGCCUCCACGUAACCAAGAACCUCCAAAGCUCCCUCCAAUACAGCCAUUGCCUCCGCUUGAAAGUCGAACUAUGCCAAUAACGCCUCCAAAACCGGCUCCAAAACCGCCUCGUCCCAAGGAGCCCAAUAAUCAAUUACCAUCACCACCACAAACGGCUCCACCUACUUCUAAACCUUCACAGCAACCAACAGGUGGUCCUUCUGGUGCCAUUGUAAAACCACCUCCACCUAAUACUCAACGUCGACAACAACGUAAACCGGCAAAAGAUUCUACAGAUGUCAUUGAGAGGUUAAAGGCUAUUUGUACCGACGCUGAUCCAACUAAAUUAUAUCGAAACUUGGUUAAAAUCGGUCAAGGUGCUUCCGGUGGUGUUUUUACUGCUUACCAAGUGGGAACAAACAUGUCAGUUGCUAUUAAACAAAUGAACCUCGAACAGCAACCCAAGAAGGACCUCAUCAUAAACGAAAUAUUGGUCAUGAAAGAAUCAAGGCAUCGUAAUAUCGUAAAUUACAUUGAUAGUUUCCUUUGGAAAGGUGAUCUAUGGGUAGUUAUGGAAUUCAUGGAAGGUGGUAGUUUGACGGAUGUUGUGACCAAUAAUAUAAUGACAGAAGGUCAAAUUGCGGCUGUAUGUAGAGAGACUUUGGAAGGUCUAGCACAUUUACAUUCUAAAGGUGUAAUUCAUAGAGAUAUUAAGAGCGAUAAUGUUUUGUUAGCACUAAACGGCGAUAUUAAACUUACCGAUUUCGGUUUCUGUGCACAAAUUAACGAACAUCACAAUAAACGUACAACCAUGGUUGGUACACCAUAUUGGAUGGCACCUGAAGUAGUGACGCGUAAAGAAUAUGGUCCAAAGGUUGAUAUAUGGUCAUUAGGAAUUAUGGCCAUUGAAAUGGUUGAGGGUGAACCACCAUAUCUGAAUGAAAAUCCUUUGAGGGCCCUAUAUCUUAUUGCAACAAAUGGCACACCUCAAUUACAAAAUCCUGAAAGUUUGUCGCAAGUUUUUCGAGAAUUUUUGAAUUUAUCAUUGGAG